AUGCUUCAAUCUAUUGCUUUCCUGUUUUUACUUAUUGGUUGGGCAAAUGCUGUACCAACGAAUCAGCAGCGGAUUAUUGGCGGGUCGGUUGUUACCAUUGACCGAUAUCCCGAAGUUGCUGCCACGCUCGUCUCAAGUAAUGGCAUUCAAUGGCUUCAAGGAUGUGGUAGUUCUAUUCUAAAUAACAGAGCUGUCUUAACUGCAGCUCACUGUAUAUAUGGUGUGAUGCGUAUCAGAGUUGGUUCGGCAUUCGGCAACAGUGGCGGUAGGGUACAUCAAGUGAGCAGAUACAUUCCGCAUCCUAAUUACGUGGCUGCGACCUUCGAGAGUGAUGUUGCCAUCUUACAUGUUUCAACUCAAAUCGUUUAUGUCAACAACGCCGUGAGACCGGCCAGGAUUGCUGGUUCCAACUACAAUAUUGCUGAUAACCAGGUCGUAUGGGCCACUGGAUGGGGAUCCAUGUCGCUUGGUGGCGCGUACUCGGAACAGCUUCGUCAUGUCCAAAUCUAUACUGUAAACCAGGAUUUGUGUAGAGCUCGUCACAGGACCGCUAUCACUGCCAACAUGUUGUGUGUUGGUAGACUCGGCGUUGCUGGAUUCGGACAGUGUGGUGGUGACUCCGGAAGUCCUCUGUUCCAUAACGGGGUUGUCGUCGGUGUUUGUUCCUUUGGUGUAGGAUGUGGUGAUAGCUACCACCCCACGGUUAAUGUUCGUGUUUCACGUUUUACGUCAUGGAUUCAGAAUAAUGCAUAG